ACAAGAAUCGAGAAACCGAUCUUGGAGGGUUUCUUUCUUCUUGGCGCUCAUCAUCGCCCCUCUAACUUCUUCAGUUUUCAUUCCAUUUUUCUUAAAAAUUUUUGAUUCAUUCAAAUAUUCAUUUCUUUUUAGAAACUCAACCGUAGAUAGACACACACACACACCAUCUAUAUCUAUAUAAAUAUAAAUAUAUAUAUUCACAUACCAAAAUGAGUGUAGAUCUAGCUUCAAACAGCCAUGGAAACCUGGACGAACAAAUUUCACAGCUCAUGCAGUGCAAGCCCUUAUCAGAGCCAGAGGUAAAGACAUUAUGUGAGAAGGCGAAAGAGAUAUUGAUGAAGGAAAGCAAUGUUCAGCCCGUUAAGAGCCCUGUGACUAUUUGUGGUGAUAUUCAUGGGCAGUUUCAUGAUCUUGCUGAACUUUUUCGCAUUGGAGGAAAGUGUCCGGAUACAAAUUACUUGUUCAUGGGCGAUUAUGUGGAUCGAGGGUAUUAUUCUGUUGAAACAGUCACGUUGUUGGUCGCUUUGAAGCUGAGAUAUCCUCAGAGAAUCACUAUUUUACGAGGAAAUCAUGAAAGUCGGCAGAUCACACAAGUCUAUGGGUUUUAUGAUGAAUGCCUCCGGAAGUAUGGCAGUGCUAAUGUUUGGAAGAUGUUUACAGAUCUUUUUGACUAUUUCCCUUUGACUGCAUUGGUUGAAUCAGAAAUUUUUUGUCUUCAUGGUGGGUUGUCACCAUCCAUUGAAACACUUGAUAGUAUAAGAAGUUUCGAUCGCGUUCAAGAGGUUCCACACGAGGGUCCAAUGUGUGAUCUUUUGUGGUCUGACCCAGAUGACCGUUGCGGUUGGGGUAUCUCACCUCGUGGAGCUGGUUACACCUUUGGCCAGGACAUAUCUGAGCAAUUUAACCACAGCAACAACUUAAAGCUCAUUGCUAGAGCUCAUCAGCUGGUAAUGGAGGGAUUCAACUGGGGGCAUGACCAAAAAGUUGUAACUAUCUUUAGUGCACCAAACUAUUGUUAUCGAUGUGGGAACAUGGCUUCUAUACUGGAGGUCGAUGAUUGCAAUGGCCACACAUUCAUCCAGUUUGACCCGGCGCCUAGAAGAGGCGAACCUGAUGUCACGAGAAGAACACCUGAUUAUUUCUUGUGAAGUUGAGUAAUACUCGUGGCUGGUUGAAUCGGUGUUUUGAUCUAACAAAUAUCGGCGAAAGUUCUUCAUUGGUGGAUGCGCGAAGGGGCUGUAAAAUUCCGGUCUCUAAUUUUUAUUAUUUUUUCGCAAUUCAAUUUAAUUUUAACCUAUCUCAGCUUUUAUCAAUGAUUAAUUUAUCAGUGUUUGAUUUUUAUGUAUAAUUGAUUUUGUGCACUUGAAUUUUUAAAACUUGGAUCAAAGGAAAAUGCAAUCCUGCUA